UUCAGCUCGCUCGCUCACUCACUCACAGUUCGGAUUUUCUCAGCAAAAUCUUUGGAGAGAGAGCACAACGAAAAUGUCAAUUUCCUUAUCUUCACUCACCUCGUCCUUCUCUUCCCUCUCGUUUUCCUCCCAAAUUUCCCACAAACCAAACAGCCUUUCUUUCCCUCAGCCAAAGACGUUCUCGCUCUCGCGCGUGACCACAACCGCCCCUUCCCUGGUCGCCCUCGCCUCCGCCGCUCCCCCGGCUGAGCUGGAGACGACGAACCUCAAGAAGUACGUGAAAUCAAGGCUUCCCGGUGGCUUCGCCGCCCAAACAAUCAUCGGCACUGGCCGCCGGAAAUGUGCCAUCGCUCGCGUUGUCCUCCAAGAAGGCACCGGCAAAGUUAUCAUCAACUACCGCGAUGCCAAGGAAUAUCUUCAAGGCAAUCCAUUGUGGCUUCAGUAUGUCAAAGUCCCAUUGGUAAGUUUGGGAUACGAAAGUAGUUAUGAUGUGUUUGUCAAAGCUCAUGGGGGUGGCCUCUCUGGUCAAGCCCAGGCAAUCUCCCUCGGCAUUGCUCGUGCACUGCUACGGGUGAGUGAGGACCACAGGAGGCCUCUGAGAAAGGAAGGGCUUCUGACCAGGGACUCCAGAAUUGUUGAGAGGAAGAAAGUUGGUCUCAAGAAAGCUCGCAAAGCCCCACAGUUCUCCAAACGUUGAGGUUGGGCUUAGUAGAUGUAACCAUUUGUCAAUAGUUUUUUUUGCCAUUUGUUUGUUGAGCAUCUUGGACAUCACAAUUUGCAUUAUCAAAAUAUCUUGGCUUUUGUUGUUUGUACUUCUAUAGAAAACUCCCUGCUUUAAGAGGCUUAGAUAUCAUUGAACUGGGGGUUUUUCAGGUAAGAUGCUUGUUACAUGCUUCGGAUUCCAGCUAUAGACAUCAACAAAGCUUUAGAAGAUUGUGAUGUAAUUGGUUCUGUACAAGUUAUUAGUCAUUAUAUUGAAUUUCAAACGUGUUACCGUUGCUUUUAGUCGUUUGAAUGGGACUGCUGUGGCCCUUUAUUUUGUGGUU